AUGUCAUUCUAUCCAUCACCAGCACCAUCAAAGUCAUCAUCCUUGGAUAAGAUAAGAGUGGCUGUUGUUGGUGACACUACUGUAGGCAAGACAUCAUUAGUCAACCUAAUAUGUAAAGGACAACUACUUGCUCAUCCUCCCUCUUGGACAAUGGGUUGCAACACAGACAUAAAGAUACACGAAUACCUAUCCAAAGAUUACUUUGUAGAGUUUGUAGAUGUUGGAGGCUCAACAAAGUAUAAGUUAUCAAGACCAACAUUCUAUAAUGGUAUCAAUGGUCUGAUCGUAGUGUAUGAUCUUACCAACAAGAACUCAUUGGUCAAUGUAAAGAAGUGGAUAUCAGAGGUGUUGAACAAGGUGUCACCAAACAACAAUCCAUGGUCACUGAAAGACAAGGAGGUGCCACUACUACUGGACAACACUGCUGAUCAGCAUCGAGCCACUCACGUUCCCUCCAUCCCCCUAUUGAUCAUUGGCAACAAGUCAGACCUAUUCUACGACAAGUCAUUCAUUGCGAACGAUCAUCUUGGACGAUUAAGUGCUGCUGUUUCUGCAUUGAAUGUUGAUUGCUUCAGAGCUGGCAGCGAGAACUAUAAUAAGCUUGACUUGUUUCUGAAUAAGAUCAUCAGUAUUAUGCUGGAGGGCAAUAGGAAGAGAUCAUCAUCUAGCAAUGUGACACCUGGCUUGACAUUCUUUCCAACUUCAAACAGUUUCCAUUCGGAUAUGAGCAGCAGUGGCAGUGGCAGUAGUAGGGAAAGACAACAAGAUAUUGAUAGGUCUGGCGAGCGUCCACUCUUUCUAAACAAUCAACAACUACACUCUCUGUCGCCAACUCUUCCACACACAAUGCAGGACCUAUCAUUCAGUCCGCCCUCAAACAUACCAUCAGCAUCAUUGGCUUCAUUCUUUAGUGGCAAUGGCAAUGUCAAUAGUAGUGGCAAUAGCAUCAGUAGUAGUAGUGGCAUCAACAACAUCAUCAACAACAACAAUAGUGAACACUUAAUACCAUCUCCACAACAACAACAUCAACAAUCAUCUUCAACAACAUCAUCAAGUGGAAACAAGCCUGUUCUUCAUCGUAAUCGAUCGACCUCAUACGAGAUGAAUUGGAAUUGGAACAACAGUUAA